UUUCGAUUCACUUAAUAAGCAAGUGACACAACUGAUCACGGAAUAUUUUCUUUCAAUUUCGUUUCACAAAAUUCUUGUCAAGUGAUUAACUAUGUCUUCGUGGUUUGACGAUCCUAAGUUGUUUAUAUGUAAUUCCGACGAUACAGCAUCGAAUGGUUUUAACAUAUACAGGUGUUCGAAAGAACUCAAUGGCACUAUUGAUGUAUCAGAUUUAGAAUUUAUAGGAAACGGUUUAUCUGAACAUCUCUCUUUGGGCGAUAAAAAAGAAAGCGAUUUUGACGCUUUACUAGCUUAUCUUAUUGAUUUUUAUGUUUGUUCUGGCUCAAAUAUAUGGAGGAUUGUAAACUGUCAAGGUUUGGCCAUCAUCUGGGAACAACCUAACUGCGACGAAGUCAUCUGUUCCUGGUCCCGUGAACCAUUAGACUCUCCUUAUUAUAAUCUACUCGGUAUUACUCCUCCAGUUGAUGCUGAGAAAGAAGCUCUUAAGAGAAGAGUUUCUGAUUUACUAGCAGAAAUUUCACCCCUCGUAGUUGAAGUUCAAAGGAACAACGAAGACAAGAACACUCUUAUCAACGAGAAAAAAUCUGUGGAGAAAAUAAAUUCUGAGCUAAAAGCAAGAAAUUCAACUCUGGAAGCUGAUCUCCAAAGGGAAAAAAAUGAGAAACGAGAUUUAGAGAAACAAGUUUCUGAUUUGAAAUCAAAACUGAAAAAGGGUGGUGGUGGAUCAGCCGGUGAACAACCAUGGAAGAGUGGUAAAGGUACUGUUCCUGAUAAUUGGGUUCCUUUCGAGGAACUUGAUGUUCUAAAUAUUCCGAGAAAUACUUCUUUGAAAAUGAUCAAAGCAUCAGGUGCACUGAAGAUUGUUGAAGAUAAAACGUUUACAACGAAUGUCCAUGCGAGUCAUUUCUAUCGAGGAGUAUAUCUAGAGGCUGUGAACGUUGAGGAGUUGAUUCCUAACAAACAUGAAGCAAGAUUCGAUCCAGCUAUCUGGUAUUUGUAUAAAAAUGGAGGAACAUUUUAUGCAGCCCGUAAGCUAUUUUGAAGCCUACAUGACAUGCAUGUUCAUCUGUCUUGUGAUCAGCGGGUGGAAGCCACCAUUGAAAAUAAUUCACAGGUUUAUCAAUUGGUGUUCUAGGUAAUUACGGCCUUGUAUGCUUCUUGAUGUAGAAAUAAAAUUCCUUCCGGUUUGUAUUUGAAUUUGUUUAUGUUUAAUUUGAAGUGGUAAGUUGUUGUAAUGCCUCUUCGAACUUGUAUAAGCUCUCUUGCGUCCCUUCAUGUUUACUAUUAUCUACCUCUUGCCAGGGUCAGGCUGCUAGCUGACUGAUUCAUCUAGUGCUGGAUUCAUAAACUAUCACAGUGGACAUUGUAUAUAUGGUGUUUAGCUGUUUUGAUAAA